GGAGCUUGGGCGCGCAGGGAUCCUCUAGCUCCGCUAAGCCCCGCCCCCGCAGCGAAAGAUAAGUCCGCCCGCCGCUCAAGGAGCUCCGGCAAGUGGGAAAGGCUGGGGCACCCAGACACCGCCUUCUCAUGAAUAAUGCAGGAUCCGGGCGGUGUCCCGGACCCGGAAGUGGAGUUGCAGAGUCACCGCAGUGGCUGAGCUGCUGACAGGAGGCGGCGGCGGAGGAGGAGGCGAGGCAAGACCUGCGGCUCCGCGGGGCUACUGCCGCGGUAGCUCUAGGCAACCCCACGGAGCUACGCCGGUCUCAGUCAUCCCGCGAGCCUCUCGCCGCCUGUCCAUUCUUCCAUCAACCUAUCCGCCCGACUGGUCAAGGGCGGCCUAGUCUGCAUCAUCUGCCGGGCUUCUGGGGCCGCCGCCCCGCGCGGUCCCAUCGGCGUCCCUGGCCGCGCCCGGCCCCUGGCCCGCUCGCCUGCCGGCACCAUGAUGGAGGAGAUCGACCGGUUCCAGGUGCCCACCGCGCACUCGGAGAUGCAGCCGCUGGAUCCAGCCGCAGCCUCCAUCUCAGACCCAGACUGUGACGCCCGGGAGGGUGAGUCAGUAGCCAUGAAUUACAAACCAUCCCCGCUCCAAGUGAAGCUGGAGAAGCAAAGGGAGCUGGCCCGGAAGGGUUCCCUAAAGAACGGCAGCAUGGGCAGCCCUGUCAACCAGCAACCCAAGAAGAACAAUGUCAUGGCCCGGACGAGGCUGGUCGUCCCUAAUAAAGGCUACUCCUCACUUGACCAGAGCCCCGAUGAGAAGCCACUGGUAGCUCUUGACACAGACAGCGAUGAUGAUUUUGAUAUGUCCAGAUACUCUUCCUCUGGCUACUCCUCUGCCGAGCAGAUCAACCAAGAUUUGAACAUCCAGCUGCUGAAAGAUGGCUACCGGUUAGACGAGAUCCCCGACGACGAGGACCUAGAUCUCAUCCCCCCCAAGUCCGUGAACCCCACCUGCAUGUGUUGUCAGGCCACUUCCUCCACCGCCUGCCACAUUCAGUAGUGGGCGGGGUCGCCGCGGUGCAUGGGGCGGCGCUGACCUGGGCCUCGUGGGACGCAGCAGGGGAGACCCCUACCCUGCUCGUCCGCUGGUCCCCAGCCCCGCGCCUCUUACAGCCGCAACCUCGUAACAGUCAUUGCUUCCUCCUAUGGUAGGACGUGUACCUCUGUGUGUUCAUGGAGCCGGAGAAACCAAAACCGGGUCUGUCUCCAGCCCCGGGGCUGAGGAGGGGUGGGCACUGUUUGUUCAGUUACUUGGGGGGAACCACACCCAAGCACCCUGCCACCUCUCCCAUAGCUGCAGUCAGGGCGGCACUGAAGGCCAGGAGGCCAAAUGUAAGCCGUCGUCGGGUGAAGGGAUGAUAUGUCCGGAAGGUUGGCCUCAGUCAGUGAAACCAUGAAUCCCCCCCAAGCGCAGCUUGGAAAGGAAGGGGUUUGGAGAAGAAAAGGCCCCAAGAAAUGGGGGCAGUUCUCACACCUCAGAGCCCCUCCCUCAAACCCUGUGCCAGCCUAUAGACCUAUUUGUGUUUCCCCCUCAUCUGCAGAUGGGAAGCCUGGCAACGGCUGUCCAAAGGGAUACUGUUUCUCCAUUAGAUCACUCCCUCCACUGUCUCUUUCCCCUGCUUCCUUACUUUCUGAGGGUUGGGAAGGUAAGAUGGGCCUUAGAAAGAAGCCAAGUUUGGGAUGGUAUGACCUAUUCUCACGGGUCUCUAACCAAUGCAUCUGUCUCUCUGCCUCAUCCCCACACCGCCGCUGCCACCACCACCACCACCACCACCACCACCCUCCCCAGCUCCCCAGUCUUCUGUCUAUUAGUUUCUGGCUGGAAGCAAGAGAUCAGGCUAGCCUCCCAUCCCCAUUUUACCCUAACUCAAGAUCUAGGAGGCUGGCUUCCAGAAAGGCUCUUAAAGGGCAACCUUAAGAAAAUAGUGAACCAAGUGGGUGUAUGUAUAUAAUAGAGCAUGCGUGUGUGUGUGUGUGUGUGUGUGUGCGUGUGCGUGCGUGUGUACAUGCGCGCGCAUGUGUGUGUGCGUGCGUAUGCGCGCAUAUGUAUGUGUGUGUGUGUGCGUGUGUGUGCAUGUGUGUACGUGUGUGUGUGUGUGUGUGUGUGUGUGUGUGUGUGUGUGUGUGUGUGUACGUGUGUGUGUGUGUGUUGAACCCAUCUGUCCAGGGCAACCAGGUGGGUGUCUGUGGUAGGGAAAUGCCUGUGGUCUGUUAACUGUGUGAGAGGCUGCUUGGGAAUUCAGUGGAUGGAGAGCAUUGCCCGACAGGCAGAAGCCUGGGCUCUGGUCCCAGCCCUGGCAUUCUCCCUGAGCUCCUAUGCAAUUCUAAGGCUUCUCCGGGGCUUCAGUUCUCACAACUGGAAAAUAAAGACUAGCCGACAUCACUGACAGAGUCUUUUCAUAUCAGAAGGAAUUUCUUCAUAGGAAUUUCUGCAAAAGACUAUGACAUCUGUGUGUCUUUGAACUCAAGAGGCACCUGGAGAUGUAUGUGCAUCAGUGUGGACUGGACUUGGGAAGUACAUGUUGAUUCAGUGUGUGUGUUUGUGUGUGUCUGUAUGGGGUGUCUGUAUACUGUUGCUUCUGCUGCUGUUCUGGUCUAAGGGAGGAAAGCUAUGGAUGUAGCUCAGUGAGAUGGUAGCUCUCCCAUGGCUGAGACAACUGCAAGCAGAGAGAGCCUCAGACUGCUGGGGCUAGGCCCUGCAGCCUCCACUCACUGAGCCAGUGCGGCCCAGGCCCAAGUGUAGCUUCUCUAGGCACCCUCCGGAUACUACUCACAUGUCACUCUCUGGGUGCCAGAGGCUAGAAUGGGGUUGGUGAGGAGGAGGAGGGGUGCUGUUGGCUUAGAAAGGGAAGUGUCUCUCUCUGCACUACACCCAGGGACUGCCCACUCCCAAGUAUUGGGGUGUAGCUUUCUACUCCCCACACCUCCAGCCCAGCUUACCUCCCCCUAGUGCAGAGAUCCUCAUUAGAUAAGAAAAUGCCAAAGGUGGCAAGCCAGAGAAAGCAUCUGCAGGAGCCACAUGGCCCACCUGAGCCCCCUUUCCCACCCUAGUUGGCAUCCCCACCACUCAUCAUCCAGGUCCCAGAGCUAGAACUCCUCCCAGCCCGCCCACCCCCCACUGGGUUCUUUGACUCACUUACCCUUCUAGAACAUGGACACCUCCUCUCUUUAGACUGCUGCCUCUGCUGCUGACUUCUUGUGGGAUUCUAAUUUGAUGUGUGUGCCCCUGAGAGCCAAAGGCAGGUGCCCUGCUGAACACACUAGUUCCCUAGCAGGUGAGGUAUUUACACAGCCGUAGGGGUAGGAGGCUGGCAGCCUGCAGCUUCCAAGUCCAAGGAGAGCACACAGUUCCCUCCUUCCCUGUUUGGAAGUUGAAGGAGAAAAGCCAGGGCCUUAGCUUGCCCCUGCUCCCCCCACCCCUUGUAGAUACUGCCUUAACACUCUCCCACCCUCGGCUGUGGCUGCUACCCAGCCAGGUUUCUCCGAGCUUACUAAUUUAUUUCCAAGAAGGUGUGUGGAAGACAUGAGCCGUGUAUAAUAUUUUUUUUAACAUUUCCAUCGCAGUAUUGACCAUCAUCCUUGGUUGUGUAUCGUGUAACACAAAAUAAUAUUAAAAGCAUCAAACAAGCCA